CCCUCUCCGUCGCCUUCUGGAUGAGCCCGAAAUUGAUUCUGGAUCGUCACUGAGGAAGGGCUUGUUCGCCUUCCGCCGCUUAAGGACCCCCCAUUAGGCGACGGGCAUUGCCUCCUCGGAGCUCUGCCUGAUCCCCCGCAUCUUCUCCUGCUGGCCCCGAGAUUUUCCACCCUGUCUCCAAGACGGGAAAGAAAUGAUCUCACCCGGCCCGUGGAAUGGAGACAGCUGGCACACGUGAAAACCUGAAGGAACCGCAGGAUCUGCAGCCCAAACUGGACUCGCAUCUCGGCGCCUAAGCCCGCGGCCGCCCUCGGCCGGCUUUGGGAGCUGCGCGGGACUCUGCGUUCGUGCGUGCCUCGGAGGAGCGGGACCCAGAGCUUUCCUAUGGCUGGAAUAUAUAGCUCGACUCUGAAGACCCUGGAAGACCUAACCUUGGACUCCGGGUAUGGGGCAGGGGACUCCUGCAGGUCCCUCAGCCUCUCAUCCUGCAAGUCCAACAGCCAAGCUCUCGCCUCGUCUCAGCCCCGGGGCAACUGGUGGUACUACUCCGGCUCCAUGAACAGCCGGAACAACAGCUGGGAUACUGUCAACACCGUCCUGCCGGAGGACCCCGAAGUUGCGGACAUCUUCGCCAAAUGCGCCAAACUGCCCGACCUCGAGGAAUUCCCUUGGAGCGAGGAAGACGUCGAGAAAAUCCUGCGGAAGGGGACGGAGGCGGGCAAGAGAGACUUCAGCCCAGAAGCCGCGAGGAGGCUGUCGAUGCUUCUCCGGAGGCCGCUGAUCCGGAUCUCUCGGGAGGCGCAACGCUUGAGCGUGAUGCACGCCAAGUGCACGCGGUUCGAGAUCCAGAGUGCCAUCAAACUGAUCCAGAGCUGGUCCUUGUCAGAGAGCUGCGUCUUGGCGACCGUCAGAGCCCUUUCGCUGUACAGUAUGAGUGCCGGAGACGGCCUAAGGAAAGGCAAAUCGGCCCGCUGUGGCCUCACCUUCUCUGUCGGACGCUUUUUCAGGUGGAUGGUAGAUACCCGGAUCUCUGUUCGGAUCCACGAGUAUGCGGCCAUCUCUUUAGCCUCUUGCCUGGAGAACUUGGUGGAAGAGAUCAAGGGCCGGGUCCUGGCCAACCAAAGCCCCGAAGGAGAUGGGGCGGGAAGCGAGGUCUCUGCCGAAGUUCUCGAGGCGGCGAUUAACAACGACGCUGAGCUUUGGGGAGUCCUGCAGCCCUACGAGCAUCUGAUCUGCGGGAAGAACGCCAACGGUGUGCUUUCUCUGCCUGCCUACUUCAGCCCUUACAAUGAUGGAUCAAUAUGCAGCAGUGGAAGAGCUGAUGCUUAUGCCCAGCUAGAACUUCGAACUUUAGAACAAUCUCUCCUGGCAACUUGUGUUGGAAGCAUCUCUGAAUUGAGUGAUUUGGUAUCACGAGCAAUGCACCACAUGCAGUGUUUGACUACCCUUCGUCCUGGCAUGAGCCCUGUUCGGCAAACCAGACAACAGCAGCCACCCAUCACCUGGUCCCCUGAUGCCCUCCAUACCCUUUACUACUUUUUACGCUGUCCUCAGAUGGAAUCCAUGGAAAACCCCAACCUGGAUCCUCCAAGGAUGGCCUUGAAUAAUGAACGGCCAUUCAUGCUUCUGCCCCCACUGAUGGAAUGGAUGCGAGUAGCUAUAACCUAUGCUGAGCACCGGCGCAGUUUAAUAGUAGACAGUGAUGAUAUCAGACAGACAGCUAGGCUACUGUUACCUGGAUUGGACUGUGAACCUCGACAAUUGAAGCCAGAAUGCUGCUUUAGUUCCUUCCGGCGAAUGGAUGCAAAGGCUGCUACUGAAAAAUUCCAGCAGGAUCUGGGGUUUCGAAUGCUGAACUGUGGAAGGACUGAUCUGAUUAACCAAGCUAUAGAAGCUUUAGGACCUGAAGGCGUUAAUACAAUGGAUGAUCAGGGUAUGACUCCACUCAUGUAUGCCUGUUCUGCUGGAGAUGAAGCCAUGGUGCAGAUGCUGAUUGAUGCUGGAGCAAAUCUGGAUAUAGCAGUCCCUGGAGGUUCAUCCCGAUACCCAUCAGUUCAUCCUGACAGCCGACACUGGACUGCACUCACCUUCGCUGUAUUACAUGGCCACAUCUCAGUCGUCCAGUUGCUGCUGGAUGCAGGAGCCCACGUUGAAGGUUCUGCUGUCAACAGUGGAGAAGACAACUAUGCUGAGACACCACUUCAGCUGGCCUCAGCAGCAGGCAACUAUGAGCUGGUCAGUUUGCUGCUGAGCCGAGGAGCUGAUCCCCUUCUGAGUAUGCUGGAAGCCAAUGGGAUCUCCUCAUCACUUCAUGAGGACAUGAACUGUUUCAGCCAUGCUGCUGCUCAUGGACAUAGAAAUGUUCUGCGCAAGCUGUUGACCCAACCCCAGCAAUCAAAGGGAGAUGUUCUGUCACUGGAAGAGAUUUUAGCAGAGGGUGUGGAAAGCGAUACUUCCAGCCAAGGAAGCUCUAACGAGGGCCAAGUUAAGGUGUGCAAAACCAGAAUGAAAGCUUUACAGGAGGCCAUGUAUUACAGUGCCGAGCAUGGUUACGUUGAUAUCACAAUGGAGUUGAGAGUACUCGGAAUCCCGUGGAAACUGCAUGUAUGGAUUGAGUCACUCCGAACAGCUUUUUAUCAGUCUCGUUACUCAGUGGUACAGAACCUCUUACGGGAAUUUGUCACCAUUAAAGAAGAAGAAUACAAUGAAGAGCUAGUGAAUGAUGGAUUGAAGCUAAUGUUUGAAAUCCUCAGAACCAGUAAAAAUGACUCAAUCAACCAGCAUCUUGCAGCUAUCUUUACUCACUGCUAUGGAAGCAGCCCCAUUCCUAGUAUUCCUGAAAUCAGAAAGACACUGCCAGCCCGUCUAGAUCCUCACUUUCUAAAUAACAAAGAUAUGUCUGAUGUGACAUUUCAAGUGGAAGGAAAACUGUUUUAUGCACAUAAAGUUCUCUUGGUUACUGCUUCAAAUAGAUUUAAGACACUGAUGACCAAAAAAACAGGACAAGACAGCCAAGGCAGUAAGACUGUGGAAAUUAGUGAUAUGAGAUACAAUAUCUUCAAGAUGCUGAUGCAGUAUUUAUAUUAUGGAGGAACAGAAGCAAUGGAAAUUCCCAUAGCUGAUACCCUAGAGUUGCUCUCAGCAGCAAGUUUAUUCCAGCUGGAGGGCCUUCAGCGCCACUGUGAGAUACUGUGUGCUCAGACCAUCAAUGCUGAAAGCUGUGUCCACAUCUAUAAAUAUGCCAAGAUCCAUAAUGCCCCAGAGCUGGCCUCUUUUUGCGAAGGCUUUUUUCUCAAGCAUAUGAAUUCCCUGGUGCAGCAGGAAUCGUUCAGACAGCUCGUCUAUGGCAGGAACAGUAGGGUUCAGGGUCUGGAUCCCCUCCAGGAUUUGCAGUCCACUUUGGCCAGCAGACUUCAGUCCAUUUAUGUAACAUCAAGAGUGUGAUUGCUAUGAAUUGUGGCUCUGCUUGUUAAGGAAAGCACCUGCUCAUCGAACUGCACUGAAAUGGGAUCUGGCCCCAUCAUGGCUGCUUCAUCCAGCUUCUGGGGACAGUGCCUCUUCCGCCCUCUCAGCAAACUUAUCCAAAAAGCAAGAAAAUAACUCUGGAAAGUAUUAAUGUGCCACAACUAUUUUACCUGAAAACUGAUGAGCAGAAUCUGAGGUGGGAUGCUGCUAUUCUGCUAGGUACACCAUCACUAAGGAGAACUCAGGGGGAACUGCACUUCUAAGUGUCCAAAAGACCUCUUAGAAAAAUGCACAAACCGUAUUUGGCAUUUAGCCAAUACCAGAGGACAGAUUUUCACCUUUGGUCUCCACCUGGCACUCAGCUCUCACUUGUGGCUCCAAGCAACUGUAACACACACAGCAGCCACACCCCAGUAAACCAUCUUGGCAGAUGGGCCAAGCCAGGUGAGGGUAGCUAACAGGUCUUCAACUCUUGG